ACUCUCCACUCGAGGGGUUUGGCACCAGCACCCCGCCCAGAGCAGUGCCUGCCCAAAUCCUCACAGGCGGCUCAUCAACGCGAUUGCCACUCCGGGUGGAGCCCGGACCUGUGAGCCUGGGUGUCCCUGGGUCCGUCUGCCCGGCCAUCUGCUGGUGGUGCCUCUGCCUCCUGCCGCUUCCCCCCACUGAGCCCCACCUUGCAGAAGUGCAGCCCKCCCGCCGCACAGCCCGGAGCUCAGCAUGUGUCCCCCGGGCUUCGGGCACUUCUUGCUGCUGGCCUCUUCCCUGCUCCUCGCAGGGCUGUCAGCUGUUCCUCAGAGCUUCUCGCCAUCUCUGAGAAGCUCGUCGGGCGCCCCCUGCAGGCUGUCCCGGGCCGAGUCGGAACGCCGGUGCCGAGCACCYGGGCAGCCCCCAGGGGGCGCCCUGUGCCACGGCCGGGGCCGGUGUGAGUGCGGCGUCUGCAUCUGUCACGUGACCGAGCCGGGCACCUACUUUGGGCCGCUGUGUGAGUGCCACGAGUGGGUGUGCGAGACCUACGACGGGAGCACCUGCGCAGGCCAUGGUACCUGUGACUGCGGCAAGUGCAGAUGUGAUGCGGGGUGGUCUGGGGAUGCUUGCCAGUACCCAACCAACUGUAACCUGACAAGGAAAAAAAGCAACCAAAUGUGCAAGAAUUCUCAAGAUGUCAUCUGCUCCAAUGCAGGUACAUGUCACUGUGGCAGGUGUAAAUGUGACGAUUCAGAUGGAAAUGGACUCGUUUACGGUAAAUUCUGUGAGUGUGAUGACAGAGAAUGCAUAGAUGAUGAGACAGAAGAGAUAUGUGGAGGCCAUGGGAAGUGUUACUGUGGAAACUGUUACUGCGAGGCUGGUUGGCAUGGAGACAAAUGCGAAUUCCAGUGCGACAUCCCCCCCUGGGAAAGCAAGCRAAGAUGCACAGCUCCUGAUGGCAGAGUCUGCAGUAACAGAGGGACUUGCGUGUGUGGUGAAUGUUCUUGCCAUGAUGUCGAUCCAACCGGGGACUGGGGAGACAUUCACGGGGACACCUGUGAGUGUGACGAAAGGGACUGCAGAGCUGUCUAUGACCGGUAUUCCGAUGACUUCUGUUCAGGUCAUGGACAGUGUAACUGUGGAAGAUGUGACUGCAAAGCAGGCUGGUAUGGGAAGAAGUGUGAGCACCCACGUUCCUGCCUGCUGUCUGCUGAGGAGAGCAUCAGGAAGUGUCAGGGAGGCGCUGAGCUGYCCUGCUCUGGAAGGGGCAAAUGUGAAUGUGGCAAAUGCACGUGCUACCCGCCAGGAGACCGCAGGGUGUAUGGCAAGACCUGCGAGUGUGACGAUCGCCGCUGUGAGGACCUGGACGGUGUGGUCUGUGGAGGCCACGGCACAUGCUCCUGUGGUCACUGUGUCUGUGAGAGAGGAUGGUUUGGCACGCUCUGCCAACAUCCUCGGAAAUGUAACAUGACAGAAGAACAAAGCAGGAGUCUGUGUGAAUCAGCAGAUGGCAUAUUGUGCUCGGGGAAGGGUUCUUGCCAUUGUGGAAAGUGCAUCUGUUCUGCUGAAGAAUGGUACGUUUCAGGGGAAUUUUGCGACUGUGAUGACAGAGACUGCGACAAACAUGACGGUCUCAUUUGUACAGGGAAUGGAAUAUGUAGCUGUGGAAACUGUGAAUGCUGGGACGGAUGGAAUGGGAAUGCGUGUGAAAUCUGGCUUGGCACAGAAUAUCCUUGACAACUCCAUAAGCAAAGACUGGAUUCUUAUUUUUUCUAGGCAAUUAGAAUGCAUAAUGCAAAGGAAGUCAUGUAUAAUCRCCACUAGGACAGGUUAAACACACUAUUGUAUGUUUUUCUAUUUCUGACCGCCUGAAUGAAAUCUGGGUACCCAUUAAAAAUGCGUUAAACCAACUCUGAUAUAAAAAACACUGAAAGAAUUUUUCUUUCACCAGGGUUCUCAGCAUGGGAACUUUUGCCACCCAGAGGCAUUAUGAUGAGAAUUAUGAUAGUCAAUUUGGGGCGGGGGUAGAAAGUGUGCUAUGGGAAUCUAGCGGGCAGAGGCCAGGAAUCCUGUGCCACCSCUGCAGUACACAGGACCAUCCCCACAGCAAAGAAUGUUGUGACUCCAAAUGCCACGUGUGCUGGACUUAGGAAGUGCUGAUGGUGCUGUUUUUAGAACUCUUUGUCCCUACACAGGAAAGACCUCAAUAGAAUUAUAAAGAAAAGAUAUAUUCUCAUGGAAACCUGAUUUUUCUAGGAUUCCAUAUCACUCCACAUUUCUGGGUGGGGACAAUGAAGAUGAAUACAUUUAAGGUCUGAUGUUGUUUGGAGGAAUCACCAAAUCUGGAGUCCUUUGGAAGAGAAAAAGACUGGUCAUUUUUAGCCAUUAAG